AUGGGAGGAGCAACUAUGAUGUUAGGUUCGAAAUAUAGAGGUGAAAACAAGGUAACGAAAACGACACACUUUUUUGUGUCAUUUGUCUGCAUUUCCUCAUUUUUGGUGUACUAUUUUUUGUUUUCACCGCUUCGAGCAGGGUACUACGAGAACCAAUUCUCCGAUGGUUCGGGUCAAUAUAUACAAGUAAUUGACUUUAACAAGGUCUCCGACUUUCAACUUCAACCGAUCCCAUUUUCAAAAAAUAUUUCUAGAACCGAUUUCAACCAAUGGUUGAAAGACCAGGAACGAGUUUCGUUUGAACGUAUGUUCGAUAAUAUUUGCAACGAAGAAUCGUCAGGAAAAUUCGACAACUGUUUCCCCGGUGUAGUUUUCGCAUCUCCAUCCAAGAGUAAACCGGAUUACUUUUACCAUUGGAUUAGAGAUGGCGCCAUUACCAUUAACACUUUGAUCAACACAUAUUCGGAGGUCGACAAAGAACGCACUUUGAAAACAGUCUUAAACUACGUGAAUGCUUCUAUCGACUUGCAACAUAGGUCUAAUCCAAGUGGUCCCGUUGAUGACCCACUAUUGAGAAACUUGGGAGAACCUAAAUACCAUGUUGACAAUUCGCCAUUUGAACAGGUUUGGGGUAGACCACAAAAUGAUGGACCACCAUUAAGAGCCAUUGCCUUGUUGAAUUUCUUGAAUUCAAUGAAUGUGUCCAGCAGUAGCGAUGCCAACAGUGAUUACCAAUGGAUCUUUGAUGAUUUAAUUACGUUGGACUUAAAGUUCGUCUUGUACAACUGGCACGUCUCAAGCUUCGAUUUGUGGGAAGAAGUCGAUGCGUACCAUUUCUUCACAAGUAUGGUUCAAUUGAAGGCUUUGGUCGAUGGUAGAGCAUUCAUACUGAAAAAACUUUCAAGCGGUAUUGCAUUAACUAGUGCGGAAGAUGAUCUCUUGAAAGAUCUUGAGGCUGGUAUCGAUAAGGUGGAAUCCUUCAUCAAGAGUUCCAGUUCUGGAUUUAUUAACCAUGAAAAGGGCUAUAUUGUGGAGACACCAAGUAACUUGGACCAAAGGUCUGGUUUAGAUAUCGCAGUCAUUAUGGCCAGUACCUUGACCCAUGAUUCAGAAGAUGAAAACGAUGGAUACUUCACCAACUAUGACCAAUUUAGCUUCUUGUCCGCAGCACCAGGACCAUCUUCUUCAUCAUUCACCUCGGCUGAUAAAACUGAUACGCCAUUUUUGUUUGACAUCGACGAUCCAUUAAUCCUAAACCACUUCAACGAGCUUGUUGAGAAAAUGGCUAUUCUUUACCCAAUAAACCAUAAUAGACUAGGAACUAACAUGGGUGUUGCUGUUGGAAGGUAUCCCGAAGAUAUUUAUGAUGGUAUUGGCAUUUCUGAGGGCAAUCCGUGGUUUAUUUCUACAUUGACUUCUGCAGAGUUGAUUUUCAAGUUGGUGCACAAGAUGCACAUUACGCAAGAGCCCUUAAUAAUAGAACCUCUAAAGAACAAGUUUUGGCAUAAAAUUUUCGCAUUCGGUAACCUACAAAAUACCUCUGUAAUGAUCCCAUAUAAUUCCUUGGCAUUCAACCAGACAUUGUACACCAUUUUCAAGUACGGGGACUCGUUCUUGAGUAAAGUGAAUGAACAUGUUAGCGACCAGGGCCACAUGAGCGAGCAAUUUAACAGAUAUCACGGAUACAACCAAGGUGCUGAAAACUUGACUUGGUCAUACGGAACCUUUGCCAAUGCACUCCGGUGGAGACAAAUUGUGGAUAACUUGAUUCACCCAACAAACAUCUAA